AAACUUAAGCAUAUAGAGAUAAUGCAGCAACCAAAUCGCAACCAACAUGUCCCAAAGCCGAUGGAAGGCGGAUAUCGUGCCUUAUUCCCUUCAGAUGUACCAUUGGAAGCAGCUGGCAUGGGGAUGAAGAUGAACACAGGGGGGCUGGAGAUGAUGAUGGCUCCAAAGUACAAUAUACCCUACAAUAUAGGUGUGACGGCCAUUUACAAUAAGACACCGGUGACCAUUAUCCAGGAAUAUUUGGUGCGUUACGGCAUCGUACCCUAUUAUGAGCUGAUCGAUGCCGAGACACCUAAUCGCAAUCCCAUCUUUUGUUUUCGCGUAUCGUUUAUAUACAAAAACAAGACGUUCACGGCCCAUGGAACCGGCCACUCCAAGAAGGAAGCCAAACAGGCAGCGGCACGCUGCUUAAUGGAUGAGCUCUUCGGGAUGUCCACCAUCACCGGAAACCAGCAGGGACAGAGCAUUAGUUAUCCUCAAACAAUAAUUAAUGUACAAGAGGGCUAUGAUGGCAACGCCAUGUUGGGAAAUCCCAUCGGGGAACUACAGGAGAUGUGCAUGCAUCGUGGCUGGACUCCGCCGUUAUAUGAACUGCAUGCCGAGACACGUCUCCAGUAUGGGGCACAUCUCUUCACCAUGGCCUGUACAAUAUUCAAUAUACGCUCGGUUGGCAAGGGCAACACUAAGAAGAUGGCUAAACGCGUCGCUGCCCACAUGAUGUUGACCCAUUUGAGUAAGCAGCCCUUCGACGAGGGACUGAUACGCGCCUUCGUGGACAUGGACACCGAAAUACUGAAUGAGAAUUGAACAUAAAUUCAAACCAACUAUUUCCACUGAUUAUAAAAGACUGGCCAUUUGCAUAAACACUCAAUACGCGGAUCGCUUUUCAGUGAGGUAGGUGGUCCCUUCAAUGCGGAAAUAAUGUCCGCCUUCACAGACAAUACAAAAUAUUGGAA